AUGGAUCCCGGCAUUCCGUCCGAACCCCCAUCACGUUCCUUGGCUGGAAAAGUUGCCAUUGUAACAGGUGCAGGCUGUCUGGGCGAUGGUAUUGGAAAUGGAAGGGCAAUCUCAAUUCUACUCACCGACGAUGGUUGUGACGUGAUCUGCAUCGACCUCAACUUGGAAUGGGCCAACAAAACUGUGGAAAUCGUCAAUUCAAAACCAAAUCGUGGUCGAGCACUUGCAUAUCGCGCAGAUGUCACUUCAGAAGACGACUGUCAAGCAGCGGUGCAAUACGCCAUUGAAAAUUUCGGCCGAUUGGAUAUUUUGAUCAACAAUGUCGGGAUCGGAGGCGCGGCUGGCACCGCGGUAGAUGUUGAUAUGACACAAUGGGCGAAAAGUAUGGAGAUAAAUGUUGCCACUAUGGUCCAAAUGGCCAAAUAUUCCAUCCCGCAAAUGACUCGAAAUGACGGCGAAAUCAAAGGGAGCAUUGUAAACAUGGGAAGUGUUGCUGGUCUGAAAGGCGGCACACCUCAUCUGCUAUAUCCAACUGCCAAAGGCGCCAUAGUCAAUAUGACACGUGCUAUGGCAGCGCAUCAUUCACCUGAUGGAAUUCGUGUGAACUGUGUGUGUCCGGGGAUGCUUUAUACUCCUAUGAUGUAUGGGAAUGGCAUGAGCGAGGAGGCCCGAGAAGCUCGGCGAAAAAGAAGCUUGUUGGGGACUGAAGGGAAUGGAUGGGAUUGUGCGGGAGCUGUGGUGUUCCUUGCUGGGCCUCAUGCUCGGUGGAUGACUGGCGUCAUUCUGCCUGUGGAUGCAGGAACAACAGCUGCAGUGGGGAUUGGAAUGACGAAGAGUGCAAGUGUUAACGCAUAG